GACUGUGCCGCGCAGGAAAGACUCUGCAUGAUAACUGGUUCUAGUCUUGCCCAUUUUAAAGCAAACUUGUAAAUUCACACGAUGUCCUCUGCAGCUGAAUCCACCGAGGACAUUAAAUUUGAAUCCAACAGUGAACACUAUGCGGCAACGAUCGACGCUUAUUCUCGGGCAUCCAACAGACAAGAUGUGCUGAUAGACUUUGUUCGAAAUGAGUUACCAGCAGUGGGUCAACCUGCCAUGGGUAACAACACCCAAAAUCACGGCGCGCUCAGGGUGCUCAGCGUUGGUGUCGGAGAUGGUGAUAUCGACAUCAAUAUCUUGACCAAACUCCGCCAGCGUGAACAGCGCCAAAUCCAGGCCGUGAUUGUCGAGCCAGACCCCAAGUUGAUGGGACGGUACAAGGCAAAAAUCAAAGAGCCCGAGAAGGUACAGGGGAUCGACUUCGAGUGGAGACAAGAAACUCUAGAAGAGUUUCAAAAGAGUCCGACCGGGCAGAAGGAUGACAAGUUUCAUUUCAUCAAUUUCUUCAACACUGUGUAUUACCUGGAAGACAAAGAGAAGUCGCUGAGGUAUCUGUACGACAAACUAGACGUUGGGGGCGUUCUGGUCAUCACAGUAAUGUCGGGUGAAGGAGGGUUUGCAAGAUUCUGGCGGUACCACGGACAACACCAUGACCUCGAUCCUCUUUGCGAUUCGGAUGACGUAAUGAAAUAUCUAGAAAACCAACGCAUUCCAGUGAGUGAGAUUCUUGAUAAGAAAUGCUAUUUAAACAUCACGUCGUGCUUUGCCAGUCCACUUCAGGAGCUUUCCGGCGACGGGAACCUCCUCCUGGACUUCCUGACGCACACACUCGACUUCACCAAGAACUCAACGGUGGAGUACCAAGAUGGCGUCAUGAAACGUUUAGGCAGCGACUAUUGCUCCACUAGGGACGCAUCCGGUCAGGUUCUACUGAAGGCGGACAACGUUGUGUUUAUAAUACGACGAACCAACGAUCAGAUUAUGUAGAGGCGGCCAUCCGCUACAACAGACACUCGGCUUCACCAAAAACUCACCAGUGGAGUACCAAGAUGGCGUCAUGAAACUUUUAGGCAGCGACUAUUGCUCCACUAGGGACGCAUCCGGCCAGGUUCUGUUGGAGGCAGACAACGUCGUGUUCGUAAUACGACGAACACAACCAAGCGGCCAUUUUAAAUCACGACCACGUGUGUCAUUCUCAGCGUCAUCCAAAAGUUAUUUUCCCAGCAAAAUGGAAGUUUAUUUUAAAAACUCAUUAAAGCCGUUGGACACUUUCGGUAAACAGUGUUGUCCAAGGCCCACACUUCA